GCGAGACCGGCACUUCCGGCGGCGGCGACGGGAGCGGCGUCUGCGCUCAUGGCGGGGUCCUGGAAGCCGGCCUGGGCUUCUCUUCGGCUUCAAAGGUUCCACACGGCUGGGCGCUGCCGAAAGGGCCGGACCGCUGCGGAGCACCUGUGGCUGGCGCGACAUCUGAAGGACCCGUUUGUGAAGGCUUCAAAGGUGGAAAGCUACCGGUGUCGCAGUGCCUUCAAGCUCCUGGAGGUGGACGAGCGGCACCGGAUCCUGCGGCCCGGCCUGCGGGUGUUAGACUGUGGGGCCGCCCCCGGCGCGUGGAGCCAGGUGGCUGUGCAGAGGGUCAACGCUGUGGGCACAGAUGCCACGGCUCCUGUUGGCUUUGUGCUCGGGGUAGAUCUUCUUCACAUCCUCCCCUUGGAAGGAGCCACUUUUCUGUGCCCUGCUGAUGUGACCGACCCAAGAACCUUCCAGAGAAUCCGGGACCUGCUUCCCGGUGGGAAAGCGGAUGUGAUUCUGAGUGACAUGGCACCCAACGCCACUGGGAUCCGGGGCCUGGACCACGACAGGCUCAUCAGCCUGUGCCUGUCCCUGCUGGACAUGGCCCCAGAUGUCCUCCACCCCGGGGGGGCGUUCCUUUGUAAAAUCUGGGCUGGAAGUCAGAGCCAUCGGUUGCAGAAGAGACUGACGGAGGCAUUCCAGAACGCCAGGACUGUAAAACCCGCAGCCAGCAGGAAGGAGUCAUCAGAGCUGUACCUCUUGGCCACACAGUACCAGGGAGGGAGGAGGGGAGCGCUGUGAAGGACCGGGUGUCUUCUCCUGUCCCUGGCUCCUCCUCACUGCAAAUGCAGCCUGAGCUCUUCCCUGGCGUGGGGCUGGGGAGACCCGAGGUUGGUCUGGGCUGCAGCAGGCAGGACACAUGGGGGACCUUUUUUCCUAAGGGAGGGGCAAAGAUAAAAAGAUGAAAAGGCCUACUGGGGGGAGGACAGAAGCAGUGGGAGGCAGAGAAACACAGACACCUUUACAUAACGUUCUCCUCUUACCUGCUGUGACUGAGCGUGUUACGGAGAAACAGGCUUCCAUCCUCCCUCCAAGAACAGCCGCAGUUUCCAGGUGCUGUUUUGGCUAUCCAGCGUAAUGUAGACAAACGUGAAACUUCAGUCUGGGGAUUUUUUCCCAUCUCUCGGGUGAAUGAUCUGGAAAUACAUCCAUUCUUGAAGCAGUGACGAGUUCCCAGGACAAGCAGAGAAGACGUUUGGUAUGAAUUAUGCAUGGGGUGGCUGUGCUUUGCUUUUUCACUGGCAAAUGUUGCUGUAAUAUUCCAGGCUCCAAAGACUUAAAGGUCGUUGCCAAAGCAAGCAGCGACGUGGUGUGUUCCCUUAUCUCCGUUCCCCCUUUCCAGGAUUGUGAUGUGACUCUGUAAGGUCAUAUAGGUUGUAAAAGGAGUGUCUGUGUUUUUAAGUUUUUGUUUUUUGUUUUUUUUUUGAUUGGUUUCCUCAAAACCAGUUCCUGGAAAUGCUAUAAAAUUGGGUUGUGAUAAUUGUACAACUAUAAAUAAUAAAAUUCAUUGAGUGAUAAAAA